GCCACUCGGGCCUCUUUCACUGCAGCACCAGGCAGGAACUUCCGCCAAGCUCCUUCUUGUCCGCAUCAUCAAAGUAAACAGCGAAAAGCAGACAAAGUUUUUUAAAGCUGACAAAAAAGCGAAAGCAGACCCCGCCGAUUACUGACCUGCUUCAACAUGACGUCACUAACUAUGAUCGCUCGUGUGGCGGACGGACUUCCGCUGACUGCGUCUAUUGAGGAGGAUGAACAGUCAGGACGAGACCUCCAGCAGUACCAGAGCCAAGCCAAGCAGCUCUUUCGGAAACUAAAUGCGCAAAGUCCUGACCGCUGUACGCUGGAGGCAGGGGACAUGAACUUCCACUAUUUGAUAGCACAGGGUGUUUGCUACCUGUUCCUCUGUGAGGCUUCAUUUCCCAAAAAAAUGGUGUUUGCAUACCUUGAAGACCUCCACAGUGAGUUCUAUGACCAGUACGGGAGGAGAGUCCCCACAGUGACGAGGCCGUACUCCUUCAUCGAGUUCGACACGUACAUCCAGAAAACAAAGCGGUCAUACAUCGACAGCAGGGCCAGGAGGAGCUUCGGCAGCAUUAACACAGAGCUGCAGGACGUCCAGAGAAUUAUGGUGGCAAAUAUUGAGGAAGUUCUGCAAAGAGGAGAAUCUCUUUCUGCUCUAGACACCAAAGCCAGCAAUCUGAGCAGCCUUUCCAAAAAAUACCGCAGCGAUGCCAAAUACCUCAACACCCGCUCCACGUACGCCAAGGUGGCCGCGGUGUCAGUGUUCUUCAUCACACUCAUCAUCUACGUGCGUUUCUGGUGGCUCUGAUGGGACUCUCACACAAGGACUUUGACAUAAGGAAGAGGGUGUUUAAACUGUUGGGUUAUAUACCAGGGUGCCUUAAUGGGAUCACACAGUGUUUCCCUACUGAAGGUUUCUAUGCUUUAUCCAGCUUUGACUUCUGCCACCGACACAGUGUAACCUGAGCCAUGAGUCUGUGAUGGCACUUCUCUAUGUAUUGAGGCUUCAUGAUGAGUUCAAGUGUCUCUGUUUACUGGAAUAUUAGGAGCAGGGUGUUGGUAUAUUAAAAACUGGAAAUGGAGGUUUCUUUCAGAGUUUCAGCACUAAGUAGAAACCGUGUAUGAGUAUGCAGAGGUUUUGUUAAGAGAGAAAAAAAGUCUUAAAAAUGUGAUAAAAGAAUGUUUAUUGUUCAAAGUUUACAUUGUUACAAAGUCUUAUUGAAAAUAUUAAAUAUUUAUCAAAUUGUAGUUUCUCAUUUCUUAAUUUUUCAGAUGCAUUAGUGACACAAAUUAUGUUAAAGGGAUAGUUUAACAGGUCUGAAUGGGGUUGUAUGAGGUAUUCAUUGUGUGAAUUUGGUGUUUUCAGUAGGCCUGUCACGAUAACACAUUUUUUAGGACAAUAUAUUUUCCCAGAAAUGAUCAUGAUAAACGAAAGUAUUGUUGUAUCGACGUUUUAGUUUUCUAAUGAUAUUAAAGCAUAAUAAGACA